AUGGGCUCGUUUAAGGCUUCUCUCUUCAUCUUGGCCCUUGAUCUUCUAGUAGGGGUCCUGAGCAACUCGCUAAUUCAGUUGAAUAAUAAUGGCUAUGAAGGUAUUGUCAUUGCCAUUGACCCCAAUGUGCCAGAAGAUGAAACCCUCAUUCAACACAUAAAGGACAUGGUAACCCAGGCAUCUCCAUACCUGUUUGAAGCAACAGAAAAAAGAUUUUAUUUCAAAACUGCAGCCAUUUUGAUUCCGGAAAAAUGGAAGACAAAGCCGGAGUAUGUGAGACCAAAACUUGAAACGUUCAAAAAUGCCGAUGUUCUAGUUGCUGUCCCUAACCCCCCGGGUGAAGAUACGCCCUACACUGAGCAGAUAGGAAAUUGUGGAGAAAAGGGUGAAAAGAUUUACUUCACUCCUGACUUCCUGGCAGGGAAAAAGUUGCUUCAGUAUGGACCACAAGGAAGGUCAUUUGUCCAUGAAUGGGCUCAUUUCCGAUGGGGAGUAUUUGAUGAAUACAAUAACGAUGAAAAGUUCUACUUAUCCAAGUCCAAUGCACCUGAAUUUGUUUCCAGGUGUUCGGGAGCUAUCACGGGUAAAAAUGUCAUAAAGAAGUGUCAAGGCGGCAGCUGUAUCACCAGAGCAUGUAGGCCGGACAGAGUGACAGGGAAGUACGAAGAGGGCUGCGAGUUUGUACCCAACGAACAGCAGGUUGAGAAGGCUUCCAUAAUGUUCGACCAGAGUAUUAAAUCUGUGGUUGAAUUCUGUACAGAAAAAAAUCACAACAAAGAAGCUCCCAACCAGCAGAACCACAAGUGCAAUCUGCGAAGCGUGUGGGAAGUGAUCCGGGAUUCGGAGGACUUUCAGAAGACCACGCCUAUGAACACGCAGCCGCCCACGCCCACCUUCUCCCUGCUGCAGAUCGGACAGAGAAUUGUGUGUCUAGUACUUGAUAAGUCUGGAAGCAUGGCGACCGGUGACCGCCUGAACCGACUGAAGCAAGCAGGCAAGCUUUUCCUGCUGCAGACAGUUGAGCAGGGGUCCUGGGUGGGGAUGGUGGCAUUUGACAGCGCUGCCCACAUAACAAGUGAGCUCCGGCAAAUCCAGAGCAGCGCGGACCGAGAUGCUCUCAUCGCCAGCUUACCCACUGUGGCUGCAGGAGGCACUUCCAUCUGCACCGGCCUUCGCUCGGCAUUUACCGUGAUCAGAAGGAAAUACCCAACAGAUGGAUCUGAAAUCGUGCUGCUGACCGAUGGGGAAGACAACACUAUAAGUGGGUGCUUUAACGAGGUGAAACAGAGUGGCGCCAUCAUUCACACCGUUGCCCUGGGUCCCUCUGCAGCCAAAGAACUAGAAGAACUGUCCAAAAUGACAGGAGGCUUGCAGACGUAUGCUUCGGAUCAAGCUCAGAACAACGGCCUCAUAGACGCGUUUGGGGCCCUUUCGUCAGGAAAUGGCGCUCUCUCCCAGCGCUCCAUCCAGCUCGAGAGUAAAGGGUUGGCCCUCAAAACGAACCAGUGGAUGAAUGGCACAGUGAUUGUGGACAGCACCGUGGGAAAGGACACUUUGUUUCUUGUCACCUGGACAACACAGCCUCCUCACAUCCUCCUCUGGGAUCCCAGUGGAAAGAAACAAGAUGGCUUUGUGGUGGACUCCCAGUCCAAAAUGGCUUACCUCCAAAUCCCGGGCACUGCGAAGGUUGGUGUUUGGAAUUACAGUCUGCAAGCAAGCUCACAAACCCUGACGUUGACAGUGACUUCUCGCCCAUCAAGUGCUACCAUCCCUCCAAUCACAGUAACCUCCAAAAUGAACAAAGACAUAGGCAAAUUCCCCAGCCCUAUGGUGGUUUAUGCAAAUAUUCGCCAAGGAGCCAGGCCCAUCCUCAGAGCCACUGUCACAGCCCUCAUUGAAUCAGCGAAUGGGAAAACAGUCAGCUUGGAAUUAUUGGACAAUGGAGCAGGUGCUGAUGCUACUAAGAAUGAUGGUGUCUACUCAAGGUAUUUCACAGCUUAUGAUACAAAUGGAAGAUACAGUUUAAAAGUGCGGGCUCUGGGAGGAGUGAAUGCAGCCAGACAGGUGCCAAAUGGUGCCUGGUACAUCCCUGGCUCGAUUGAGAAUGGUAAAAUUAAAUGGAAUCCACCAAGACCUGAAAGCAAUAAGAAUGAUCUUCAAGGCAAACAAGUGUGUUUCACCAGAACAUCCUCUGGGGGCUCAUUUGUGGCUUCUGGGGUUCCAGCGUCUCCUACAUCGGAUCUUUUCCCGCCAUGUAAAAUCACCGACCUGAGGGCAAAUAUCCAAGGGGGCAGGCUCAUUAAUCUGACUUGGACAGCUCCUGGCGAUGAUUACGACCACGGGAGAGCUCGCAGGUAUAUUAUUCGAAUAAGUACCAGUAUUCUUGAUCUGAGAGACAAGUUUGACAACUCUCUUCAAGUGAAUACUACUGACCUGAUCCCAAAAGAAGCCUCCGCCAAAGAAGUGUUCGCGUUUCAUCCAGAAAACAUCACCUUCGAGAAUGGCACGGAUCUCUUCAUAGCAGUCCAGGCUGUUGAUGAAGUCAAUCUGAAGUCGGAAAUAUCCAACAUUGCACAAGUAUCUUUGUUCAUUCCUCCACAGACUCCUCCAGAGACACCUCGUCCUUCUGUCCCUUGUCCUGACAUCAGUAUCAAUAGCACAAUCCCAGGCAUUCAUAUUCUAAAAAUUGUGUGGAAGUGGAUAGGAGAAUUGCAGAUAGGCUUGAACUGAGCUUCUAUGAGGU